AUGGACGGCCUGCCCGCAACAGCGGCCAUCGCCGGCCUGCUCGCCGUCAGCGGCAUCGCCAUCGACGUGCUCUGGGACCUCAACACGUCGCCCAAGGCCGCCACCGCCGUCUUCAACCUGGCCCUGCGCGAGGUCAAGGAGAGCCGCUCGUCCAUCCAGGCCCUGCACAAGACGCUCUCGCUGCUCGAGUCCCGCCAGGUGCCCUUCCCCGGCCGCGCCUCGUGGAUCGAGGUCGACGAGCUCGUCGCCACCCUCACCGACGCCGUCCUCGCCUUCUCCAAGCUCUACGCCUUGUGCUCCGCCGUCGAGGCCGAGGCCGCCAGGUCCAGUCCCGAGGAGGCCAGCCGCCGCUAUGAGAAGCGCAUGAAGGCCCUGUGCGCACGUAUCCGCUGGCAUAACCUGUCCAUUGCCAUGAUUAUGACCAUUAUCAACUGCCCGGCCGAAACCGACGCCAAAAACAGCCGCGACGAACUCGCCCACCGCAUAACCCGCCUCCUCACCUUCAACAUUGGCCUCGCAUCGCGCAUGCAGCGCGGCAUCACGCCAAUGGGCGCCUCGUACGCCGGCGCCGCCAUGUCACCCUCGCCCUCCCCGCCCGCCUCCAUAUCCUCCGCCUCCGCCUCCGCCUCCGCAUCCGCAGCUGCUCCCCUGCCAAGCAUUUCCGCCGCCCAUCCAUCCGGCAUCGCCAAGUUCGCUACCGCGGCAGCCCCACCACCCUCCGACUCCGAAGUGGGUCGCACCCCCCGAUCAGUUCCCGGCUGGCCCGCCACCUUCUCCGGCUACACCCUCGCCGACACCGCCUUCCUCUCCUACGUCCGCCUCCCCGUCAGCGCCGGCGAGUUGAGGGGCGACCGCGACUUCUACCCCGGAGCCUACGCGCCGCAGACCGGCUACGAAUUCGGUGGAGGUUCCGUCCUCAGCCAGGCCAGCUUCCGAUCGCCAUCAGCCACGCCAAGCCCGCCAGGAUCCAGCUGGGAGACAAAGGAAAUGUCCACCGUGCAAACACAAACACACAUAACGUCGGGGGCAGCGAGGUAA